CAGGGGCGGACUGACCAUUUGGAAACUUGGGUACUGCCCGAGGGCCCGGGGUCAGUAGGGGGGCCCCAUGAGAUGCCCCUGGUACCUUUUUCAUAGGCUUUUUUGAGUUUGGGCAAGGACACAGGGGCCCCAUGAUCCCCUAUUGCCCGGGGGCCCCAUGAGUUGGCAGUCCGCCCCUGCUGAGAGCUCUGUUUCAUACCAAUGUGACUCCACUCCAACAUUUCAGCUGGUAUACAUCCUCUCCGGCUACAAUCACAUACCAAAAGAUAAGCAUACUAGGAAU